AUGCUGUUUAAGCUUAUUGAUCCAUCAUCAGUUUUUAUGAUGAAGAAGCGAUUUUCAUCUGGUUCAUGCAAUGCAAUGGUGAUUCCUUUCAUGAUGGCUCUAUCAUUUAGCCUAUUCUCCGUGCUUUACUUUUUCUAUGGCGACUCUUCUUCCCGAUUCAAUCACUUCUCUUCCAUAUCGAAAUCGCCUUCAUUUGCAAGAAAUCAAGAUCAAAAUCUAAAAAGAGAGAAGUCAUCUGAAAGGGACCCACAAUAUUCCUUCCUUCAAGUUGAAUCACAAAUCAGCUGUGACCGGUCUCACUAUCAUUAUGAUCUUUGUUCAAUCAACGGCCCAAAUGUUUUGGACCCAAUUUCCUCUUCUUUCUAUGCUAUUGGGCCAACCAGCCCAAGAAAUUUUAUGCAGAAAAUAAGGCCUUACCCAAGAAAAUGGGAGAACUUGACAAUGUCUAGAAUAAAGGAGGUAACCUUAAUUUCUGGCCCAAAAGGCCCAAACUGCAACGUUAUACACAACACUUCAGCAGUAGUAUUCAGUGCAGGAGGAUACACAGGAAACUUUUUCCAUGAUUUUAAUGAUGGGUUUCUUCCCCUCUUCAUCACCGUCGGAUCGAUGUCUUUGUCCAAUCAAGAUGUUGUCCUUGUGAUCACGAAGUCGCGUGAUUGGUGGGUUAGUAAGUAUAGUGAUCUCCUUGGUGCAUUUAGCAACUACCCAAUUAUUAAUCUUGACAAUGAAACUAUUACACAUUGUUUUAAAUCUGUUUCAUUGGGCCUAGUCUCACAUGGGUUCAUGACUAUCAAACCAAGAUUAAUGCCCAAACCAACAACGAUUCUAGAUUUUCAUUAUUUCCUAAAUAAGGCCUAUGGAAAAGCCCAACAAACUGAUUUUCCAAUUCCGAUGACUCGGCCCAAAUUGAUCUUGCUUAGUCGAUCCAGUGGGGUGGGCCGAGUGAUCUUAAACCAAGUUGAAAUCAAGACGAUAGCGGAGAACAUGGGCUUCAACGUGUUCGUAUUUGAGCCCAAGCCCGAGAAUACAUUGUUUGAGGCUCAUGGGCUUAUGAAUGAGAGUCAUGUAAUGGUGGGGGUCCAUGGGGCGGCGUUGACCCAUUUUUUGUUUCUACGGCCGGGUUCGAUUUUCAUUCAAGUUGUACCCAUAGUGAUCGAUGGGGUUGCAGAAAUGUGUUUCGGAAAACCCGCUAAGGAAAUGGGCUUGACAUAUUUGGAGUACAAAAUAAGGGUUGAGGAGAGUAGCUUGGUAAAUAGAUACAACAAAUCUGACCCAAUUCUUACAAAUCCAAUGUCCUCUAACAAAAAUUGGUGGGCCGAUUUAGGUAAGGUAUAUUUGAAGGAGCAAAAUGUUGAAUUGGAUUUGAUUAGGUUUAAGGAUUACUUGAAGUAUGCAUAUAUUAAGGCUAAGAGGUUCAUGAACAAGGUUGGAUAGCACUAGUACAAAAUUACAAAUUAUAAUAAUAUUUAUACUCUAAUACUUAUUUAAACAAUUAUCAAAUUGCCUUUCAUUUUUUAAUUUUCUUUGUUUUUAUGGGUUAAAUUUCUACUUUCAUCUGUUCCUUUCUACUAGUCAUCCUGAUCUCCUCCAAAAAUGAAUUUCGGAAGUAUUGCUGCUUUGACCCACUUCAAGAAUCAAUAGGUUUUAAAGGUUUGAGUUGAGACACUUGAGAGUGAGGGAUAACUCAGGUGGUUAGAGCUUCCCUCUCGAUUCCAAGGGAUCUAGGAUUUAUUCUUAUUCUACUAUUGUGGCUCUCUAAACACCAAAAAUAACAAUAAAAAAUAAAAAAUAAAAAAAAAAUUAAAGUUUAAUAUCUCGAUAAAAAUCAGAGAUUGUUUUAAGAAAAUUAAGUGAUUGAUAUCCUUUUUAUAUGAGAAUCGAUUUCAGAAUCACCUAGAAUCGAGAGGGGAGUCCUAACCACCUGAGCU